ACACACCAGGGUGAGCCAACAUGGGAAGCUGCAGAAGUAGAGGAGCUGCACUGACAUGUGUUACUGAGUGUUGUGCCUCCAUUUGCGCAACGGCUCUAGGUGAAUGCGCUCCCUUUCUUGUGUUUUCAUAUAUAAGGUUGAGACUUCCUGUGCAGAUCACUUUCCAACAAGAUGGCAGUGAACCCAAGUAUAUAGAUAAGGAACGUAUUCACAACAGAUGAUGAUGAUGUUCACAGCUCUCCCUGUAACACUUACCAUUUACAUCAUGGGGACAGAUCCUGUUGCCUAUAGGGCUUGCUACAAAGCAUCUCUUUAAAUGCUCUCAAAAACAGCUCAGACAAGAUGGCUUCCCUCAUAAUAAUGUACAAAAAAACUGAAUAAAAAUAAAAAAAUGAAAAUCAGAAAAUAGAAACAGAUUAGAAAAAAUUAUUAGGUUUCAGUAUCUGCAUCUUAUCUGCAAAAAAUCUAUGCAACACACUGCCUUUAAGAUCUACCUCCAUGAAGGCUUAAAUUGUGUACACCCAGAUGAAAAGCAUGGUGAUUACUAAUCUCUCCUCCAAAAAUGAACAUAGGAAUCAUGUAAUAAAUUCAAUCCACAAACAUUUUUUUGGCAUCUUACAAUUGGCUUCUCAGUGAUUUUUUCUGAUUUUAGUAAGCUUUGUUGCUUUGGGUUUCGUUUUGAACUUGUGACAUUUUUCCUUUAAGGCCAAUGGUCAUGGUGCUCUGCUUUGGUAUGGCUUGCUAUUUGAGGAACACAUUACGUGCUAUGUUUUAUAUUAGUUAUAAAUAGCUUUUACACGACCCAUGCCUUUUCCCCCAAGGACACGGACUGGUAUAUUUGUCUGUGGGAGGUCUGACAUGCAGACAUAUGGUCGGCUGAUCUUUGCUCACCAUUUAUACAAGCGUGACAAAAGGAAACUUCAUCUUCUCUUUUCAUAUUUCCCUGGUUUCAGUCCUCUCGUGUCACAGGCCAUCGCACGCUGCCAGCCAGGAUACAACAAAAUUAGCAGAUUAAAUAUUCAGCAGGAGGGGCGCUAAGAUUUCACUAUGAUGCCAUCAGAAACUCUGCAAACAAGAGGAUUGCUGGGACUUUCUCUGCUGAUUGUGUGACACAGAAGGGAUCAUUUGCCGGAGAGGUAUUAAGACAACCUAUUAACCUCUGUUUCGCGAGGUAAAAGAACAAAUUAUAGAGACUGCAACAUAUAUGAGAUAAGAAGGAAGGAGUAACUUCCAGCUUGUAAACCAUCUGAGAACAUGGAAUCUAAAAUGCAUCCAGAUAGAACACAAAGGUCUGGAAUAUAGGUGGAGAGCUCAAUAAACAGGAUGACCAUUCAAGAAUACACUCCAUCACUCUGCUCUCUGUGAAGAUGAAUAUCGGGAGGUGUCUGCAUCAUAGAGUCCUCCUUUUGUCAAUUGGAAUCGUACUUAGAGUUUUGGUCUCGUGUUGUCCUCCCCCAUGUGUGUGUCCUGCUCAUGAUAAUGCCACCUUGUGUAAACACGGGCUCCUGAACUUGGUCCCAGUAGAGAUCCCUCUUAGUUCUCAUCUCCUGGAUCUUAGUUAUAACCAUAUCAGGUCAGUGCAGCACAGAGCCUUUUCCCAUCUGCAGUAUUUGCAGGAGCUAGACCUGAGUCACAACCAGAUAUCCCGCAUUGAGCCAGGAGCUUUUACUGGUUUGCCAAACAUACGUAUCCUAUUAAUCCAUCAUAAUCAGCUAAAACUUCUGCCUCCUGGGGUGUUCACCGGCAUGCCAGAUCUGACAUGGCUGGAUGUACGAGCAAACCAACUGGUCAUUCUCCUGGAUCAGACAUUCCGUGGACUCAAGGACCUUAGACACUUGGAGAUCAGUGACAACCCACUUCUUUUCAUAUCUCCAGGGGCUUUUCUGGGAAUGCAAUUGUUGCAGAGACUAGGGCUGGAGAAAACCAAACUGAGCAUUGUACCCACUCAUGCUCUUGCUACUCUUCCAUGCCUUUCAGAACUAAGACUGGGAGGAGUUACAAGUACAUUUCUGUAUGAUUUCUCAUUUUCAGGGAUGACUCUCCUGAGGGUCCUGGAUAUAGAUCACUGGCCCUCACUCAAGAAUCUUGGUCCACGGAGUUUGUCUGGUCUCAACCUUUCCUCUCUUUCACUGACCCAGUGCAACCUAACCUCAGUACCUAAAGAAGCACUGGUUUCUCAAGUUCAUCUUCGAAGACUAGAUCUCUCUCAGAAUCCAAUUGCUAUCCUUCAAGAACGGUGUUUCAGUUCUCUGAAAAGUCUGGAGGAACUUCGGCUUUCUGGGGGAAGACUUCACUCAAUUCCUUCAGGUUCAUUUCAUGGUCUCGAGCAUCUACGUAUGCUAGAUUUGUCACAUAAUCCACUUCAUUGGGUGGCAGAUGAUGCACUCCCCCCUCCUGGAACCCUAGAAACGUUAUUGCUUUCCGGGACUAACCUUUCAUGUGACUGCCGUCUUUGCUGGCUCUUGCAUAAAAAAAUUAAUUUUGGGGGGAGCCCACCAGUCUGUGCAGCUCCUGCAAUGCUGCAAGGAAUGAUCAUCCCAGACCACUCACAGAAGCUAUGCCCAGAACUCUUUACCUGCCAACCUCCCAGAAUAGUGGUACAAGGCCCAGGAGCAUUAAAGGUUAAAGAAGGUGACAGACUAACCAUAACUUGUCAUAGCCAUGGAGUACCUGAGCCAUCCACACAAUGGGUACUGCCGCAGAUGCCUUGGGCAAUAGAUACUACAUCUACAAUGCUGGGAAUUGAGGGAAGGGUAGCCACAGAACUUCCCCAAUAUAUAUCUACGUCACUAGCACAGGUGACCAGGGCAGUGCGGCCUCGCACACACUCCCAGAAAUGGCGAGCAAUAAACAUGCCCCUGAUGAAGAAGGCUGUUGAGAGGAUAUCAGUCUUACCAGAGGGCUCACUUCAGUUUCUUUCAGCACAAGUUCAGGACUCUGGAGCUUAUCUCUGUCUGGCCAGUAACUUGGCAGGCAAUGAUUCAGCUUGGAUUCACUUGGAAGUUACACCAUUUAAUGGUAGCACCAUCCUUCCACCACUCCCCAUAAUGCAUACUCAUCUGCUGGCUGUUAUCACCGCUGGGGGCAUCCUGCCCUUCAUCAGCUCUGUAACGCUCUGCUUCAUCUUUAUCUUCCUCUGGAGUCGGAGUCGAGGGAAUAUCAAACACACAGCUGACAUAGACUAUAUCCCAAGGACUUCUCGAGGAACAUCAUCGCCAGAAGACAACAAAUUCACUAUGAAACUUAUCUGAGGGGUUCGGGUCACGGCACGUAUAAUGCUCUUCUAUGAAGUCAUUUACAUUUUUUAUACUUCUGAUGCAAAGCAAAUAUAAAAUUCUGAAUUUAGAAAUGUUUAUACCCCAUCUUGAAAUAUCUGAAGUGCAUUUAAAACUGUACAGGACGCACAUGAUACCCUGCCUGAAAAGAGACAAUAUUGGAACAAUUAAAAAAUAAUAUCAUUCUAUUACUUCAUUACAUCAGACUGAGCUCAUCAUUUAUGUCCCCAUUUCAAAGGUCUCUCUGAUGAAGGGAAAAUCUGAAAUUUAUGUAUACAGGUCAUUUUCAGGUAAAGAUUGCAAAUAGAUUCUAAUGUAUAACUGAAAAGGAAUAUUUCAGAAGACAAAAUUAACAUUUUAAAGUGUUCAAGGUAGUCUCUGACCAAGAACUGUGUUUCUGACCAUCCUUUCUCAUCAUAGAUCAGGUGCUGACCAGCAGUGUAAAGCACUCCUGGUUUCCUAUUAGGACUUUAUUCCCUCCUUAUUAAAGAGACAUAGGA